GCGGCUGGUUUGAAAAUUCUCUGUGUUCACUCAACUAUUGAAAAGUGGAGAUCGAUUCCAGGAGAAGCAGAGAGUUUCUUUUCCCUUUGGAUGAGGUGGCUGGCUGCAGCCUAGGGUUUUUAUUCAGGUCAUCUGGUACAAGGAGAUGGUACGCAACUUCCAGAGGUAACUGACUCACAAUGGACAGAACAGGAGCCAAGAUAAAGAGGCCCUUUCAAGGAAGAGUUCUCCUUCAGCACCAGGAAGCCCAUCUUCACCCACCAACCUGCAAGAGGAGGAGCACAGAGGACCCGAGGAGCAUGGGGGAGGAGAGGAAGGGGAGAGUUGGAAGCUGGAAGGAGAACCAGAACCCAGUCCAGAGAAACAGAGGAACCACGAACCUGCGGAGACCUUACACACAGCCCUCAGAGUUAGGAGCUGGGAUCCUGAAGGAGACAAACUACUCUGAGAACGACUCGUGGAAAACAUGGACCCUUGACCAGAACUGGCCCCAAUAUGCAACAGGUUCCAUGAUGAGAAUAACCAGAGUUGGAGCCAAGGCUCGGGCUGCAGUAGACUGUGGACCGGGGGGCAUGAGCAGUAGACAUGGGAGUGGAGUGCAGGUUCAGUCUGGUAGAGAGCUGAUCCAGUCCAGUAGAGCGCUGCUCCAACACAAUGGACAGGAUAUCCAGUCCAUUCAGGCUCUGGCCCUGUCCAGCCAGGCUCAGGUCCAGUCAAGCCAGGCUCAGGUCCAGUCCAGCCAGGCUCUGGUCCAGUCCAGGGGGCUGCUGGUGAAGGGCAGUGCGGGCCUGCAGGUCAGGGUGGCUGUGAUCAAGAGGACCCGUCUGGACCCUCUACCCUCUGUCGGGCCGCUUGCUGCCCCCACGAUUUACUCCAGAGCACCAGCAGUGACCUCCGGCCAGAGGGAGAACCCCCGGAGCCCCCCCAGUCUGAGGAGGCCUUCCCUGGCCAGAGCUGGUGCCAGCGGUGGGCCUGGCAGCGCCGGGGGGACCCAAGAGCCCGCUCAGGAGAAGGGGGGCCCUGGUGCGACACGUGGCGCGCAGACCGGACCGGAGACCGCAGCGGGCGCCAGAGGCUGUUUCCUGGAGAGCACGGCGGAGCCAACACCGAGAAAGACGAGGAGGAAGAUCAGACUGUCUGGUGUGAGAGGACGAGGUCAACUUCAGCUGUCAAUUCAACUAGAGGGGGAUGGACUUGACAUCCACAUCUACCAGGCCCGAGGGUUGCUGGGAAGAAACUGUGGCUCAUGUGACACAUAUGUCAAGUUGUCUUUGAUACCAGAUGUGGACCACAGUACCAGGAGAAAGACGCCAACAGUUGUCAACUCCAAGUACCCAGAAUACAAUCAGCACUUUGCACUGAACGUGGACACUGAGAACCUCCUGAAGAGGCUGCAGGUCACCGUUUGGAGGCGUCGACUGUCGACUUCAAGGCGCAGUGAGUUCCUUGGAUGUAUGAGUUUUGGGAUUCGAUCUCUGCUGCGCUCCUCCAAGUCCAUCAGUGGCUGGUACUACCUGCUAGGGGCGGAGCUUGGGCGCACCAAACACCUGAAGGUCGCCGCGACGGAGACCAAAGCCAUCACCCCGGCCAAUCGAGCUAAAGGUCGGCAUGGCGAGAAGACGCCUGACGCCACGCCGGAUAAACCACCGUCCCUCGGCCUCAGCAGCAGAGCCAGGACGGAGCGGAACAAGCCCCAGCUGGGGCCGCUUCCUGGGUCAGGCCACCCUACUCUGAGACCUGUUCCUGGAUCAGACCAAUACACUCUGGGACCUGUGCCUGGGUCCGGCCACCCCACUCUGGGACCUGUGCCUGGGUCCGGCCACCCCACUCUGGGACCUGUGCCUGGGUCCAGCCAACACUCUGUAGGACCUGUGCCUGGGUCCAGCAGGUCCUCUCUGGGUCCUUGCUCUGACCUGACCCAUCCCAUCCGGGGUUCUGGCUCUGAACUCAACCAGCUGCUGUUGGGCGCAGCGGGGUCGGACCGGAACAAGAGGUCGGACCCCGGUUCUGGCCCGAUGCACCUCCCCAUGGAUACUAGUUGUGACAAGCUAUCCGUGGUUCACGGUUUGGGAUCAAACAAACAAAGACCGGCUGCCGAUUCUUCGGACCCGAGCAAGGCUUCCCUCGGUCGGGCUUCUGGAUCCAGCGAGCAGGGCCCGAAGGACCGCCUCAGGUCGAUGUUCACGUUGGAGUCAAAGGCCAGCCUCUGCAGGCCUGGAGUCAGUGUGCAGAACGGCAAACCAACCCUGAUGGUGAGCAUCAUGCGAGGGAACGAUGGCUUUGGGUUCACCAUCUGCUCCGACAGUCCCGUACGAGUUCAGUCUGUGGAGCCAGGUGGCCCGGGUAACCAGGCAGGCCUCCAGCAGGGUGAUUGUGUUCUGCAGAUGAACGGUGUUCCCGUGGAGAGCUGGCAGUGUGUGGACCUGGCCCACGCCAUCAGGAGCUCUACUCAGAUAGUCCUGGUGGUCUGGAGGGGUCAACCCGACUUGAAGCCACCCUGUGCAGUCUCACCCGCCUCUACGACAGUGAAGAAGCUCCUUCCUCAUCCUCCUAAUAGCAAACAUGGCCGCCGCAGAGGUCAAGGGUCAGGCGUGAAGUCCCGUCUGGGGUCGCUGUGGCGAGAGGAGGAACCAAGUUACCCCCCCGCCACCACAACCACCACACUCAAGGGCACACGGGUCACGUCAUCAAACGGAGACAACUAUAUUAUCCUCUCGCCCGUCAAUCCAGGAAGCCAGAUGCUUCAGACUGUAUACCAGGAUGAAAAUGGCACCAUCGGACGGCUGUACCAGACCCACCCCAGUAGGGGGCUCCACCAGCAGGAGCCUCACUUCCUCCAGCAGCCCCCCGUGGAGUGGAGCACAGGAGGAGGAGGAGGACACUCCUUCCAAACCACCACCUUGCCCCCUCCGUCCUCCUCCACAUCCCUCGUCCUCUCCACGACACCAGUCCUGUCCGGUUGCUACAACAACUACCAGAACUGCACCAUGGUCCAGUCCCACGCGCCGUGCUCCGGCUACGGAGCCUAUGGCACGCUGGCGCCCAAAACCCUCAUCUUCCCCGUCUUCGUCCAGCCUCUGGACCUGUGCAGUGCGGACAGAACGCUGCUCAUGGCGGAGGAGAUGGUUCUGCACCAAGGGCCGCUGCAGCCCACCAAGGUGACUGUGCUGAUCUAUACAGACCUGAUCUUACUGACCAGAGAGGAUGAGGCCGGACGCUGUAACGUCCUCCAGAGUCCUCUGUAUCUUCAUAACACCCGCCUGCACUAUGUGAACUCUGAGCCCCUGCGUCUCUAUCUGGCUCAGUGUGUGUGUGAGCACUGGGAGUGUGAUAUCAGCCUGGAGGCUUUCAGCCACGACCAGAAGACCAGAGUCAGCCUCUGUCUCCAUGACAACAUCACCCAACAGCUGGCUGUCCCCGUGGAGACCCCACACAGCAACCAGAGGGACGUGAGCCUCCUGUCCCUGGGACAGCUCGACCUCACCUCCAGACCCUCCUCCCCUUACGCCACCUUUUCGGACCUCCCUCUGCGCACCUCCUCCCCUCCUCCCCACCCUCCUCACCCUCCUCACCCUCACCCUCCUCCUCCCCACUUCCUCCCCUUCUCCCCAGAGCGGUGCGGCCCCUCCCCCUGGAUCCUGGCCUCCCCCAUGGAGUCCCCCUCCAAGCGGAGCAGCUACCCCCCGCUGUGGAGGGAGCGGGAGGGGAGGGGGGGCGGCGGAGGGGAGGCGGAGGGAGACAGGGUGACGGAGCGGCUCUGCGGGAGGACCUGCAAGGGGAGGGAGACGAGGAGGGAGAGGGAGCAGGAGAGGGAGGAGCGGCAGGCCGCGGAGGGCCAGAGCGUGUCGGAGGCCUCCGAGAGCAUCUGGGGGGGCGACUCUGCGCCUCUCUCGUGCUGCUCCUCGCCUCUCCCCCCCAUCUCUCCCCCGCCCCCCUACGACAUGGUACGCUCCGCGAGAAAGACCCAGCGGGCGGGCCACAGUACUGAGGACGAAGAGGAGGAGGAGGAGGAGGAAGAGGAGGACCUGGUUCAGGAGUGUACCUCCCCAUUUAGGCUAGGAGCCCCACGUUCCCUACAACGCUCUCUGUCUGAAGGAUCCCUUCUCCAGGAACCUCGAUCCCCCUACUUCCUGUCUGACAGCACCAUCCACAGGCUCACACGACCUUCGACCUCUGAACCCGACCAGGGCCGCCCUCCCUCCCCGCACACCCUCAGGAGAGAGCUGACCCGAGAGGGGGGGUCCCUCCAACAGAUGUUCCACUUCCUCAACGGGGUGAAGGACAGAGAGUCUAAAUACGGCCACCAAAAGAGGAAGAAGAGCUUAGCUGAAGACAUCAGAAGCCGCAUGGCGUUUCUACGACGACAAAACAACUUUAAUGCCAACAGUCUGGAGAGAGCAUUCAGAAACGGCCGACCCCCCCUGGAAGAGGUGUGGAGGUGGGCGGACAGCUUUGAGGCUCUGCUGUCCAACAAAUACGGCAUGGCAGUGUUUCGACACUUCCUGAGGUCAGAGUUCAGCGAGGAAAACCUGGACUUCUGGUUGGCUGUGGAUAAAUACAAGAAGACGCGCACGCUGAACAAGAUGGCAACCAGAGCCCACAGCAUCUUCAACGAGUUCAUCUCGACAAGUGCUUCUCGACAGGUCAAUGUGGAUUCAUCUGUCAGGGAGGUGACCAAUCAGAACCUGCGUCAGGCUCCUGGCCCCGCCUCCUUCCAGCUGGCACAGGAACAGAUAUACAGCUUGAUGGAAAGUGACAGUUAUCCACGAUUUCUCAAGUCCCUCCUCUACUCUCAGCUGGCCAACCAGAGGCCAGCACAUGCACAAACGGACUGCCAGAAUGAGAAAGGAUCUACCAAGUCCUUCAACGGGAUAGGUCCCACGUCUCUGGCCAGCCAAUCAGAGCAAAAGACACUGAUAUGAGCACUGUGGUCAUGAACUACUUGCCUAAAACCUAAAACAAGCUUCUGCCCACAUGUGGAUGCUAUGUGCCCACUUGGCUCCUCUACCAGCUGCAGCUACAUUAACAUAUAUCGUCACAGAAGCAUGUUUAGGCCUUUAGAUGUAGACAGACGGACAGAUCUGUUUCUGAUCUAGACGGUUAGCUUGGCUUGAAGAUUCCUGCUAGAGGAGUAAAUCCUGGUUUUAAUACGAUGAAAGGCUUUUUAGCAGGUCUUGGGAUCUGUUUAGCCUAACAGGUAAUCUAUAGGUUGAUUAAUGCUGCUAGCCAGAUGAUUGAUAGUAGCGAAUCGCCAGUGGCCCGCGACAGUUGUUUUACCAAAUCAAUGCCGGAUGUUAUCCAAAAAUCACAGCGUCUUCCACGUUGCCAUGGUUAAAGAACCAUGGCAACAUACAUACUAUUAUUCUUUUUCAUGAAGGACAUUGUAUUUAUUCUAUAAAUAGUAUACUAUAGUAGUGAAUCUAUUAUACAGGUAGUUCUAUAAGGACACAUUUGUAAUACUUUAAUAUCUGAUGAACAUGCAGUCUUGGCGUGCUCGUCGGUUCGUACUGGUGGCUGCAAGCUACAUAUAUAUUAUAACAAUACUACACUGGCUGGAGAACAGCCUUAUAGAUGCUUUAACCCUGACCAGUGUUAAGAGUUCUGAAAGUAUUUUGUACUCCUUGUAGACCGCUUUACAAGUCUAUCUAAAUGUAUCCCAGCAUGCAAUGUGUUGUAGCGAUGGCCCUGCAAAGCUAUUGUUUCUGAUUGUAGUUCAUUGGUGUCAGACUUCAGUACGGCUGCUCCAGAGUGGAAAUAAAACGUCCCAUUAACACCUCAUUAUGGCUUCUCUUCGUCAGUUUGGUGCUGUUUGGUAUCAAACAAGAUGUACCUUCUUAAUCCCACUUAGAAAAUGUGUCAUAUCAGAAGUGAAGAAUUCAUAACUAAGCCUUAUUUAAAAUGUUAAUUAGAAUAUGCUGAAAUCAAAAUAAAUGUUUUUAAUACACAAUAUGAGUAGUAGAAACGUUAACACAGAAUGAUAGCUGACCAGAUGUAGUUUGUCCAAGGAUGGGUAUUUGUUCUACAAUAGAUAACCAUAGAUUAUCAAUACAAGCCACAAUAUCUUUGGUAUAAUUACAAGAAGUAAUGGUGUUAAUAAUCUAAUAAUAUAAAUACGUCAUUGAUAAAUAAUGGCAAUAAACAAUUUACUUUAAAAUUGCAGCCCAGCGGCAGUUUUGGAUUUAUUAAAGGAGCCCACAGCAACAAAAAACGUUUCAAUAAUUAUUUUGAAACAUUGUUUCAUGUUCCUGUUAUUGAUUCAGAGGACAGAAUGACACCCAGUGGAAAUAAAACGUUCAAUGAACAGAAAAAUGAGUCCAAAAAAGUCUUCACAAUCAACCCAGUAGACAUACAGUAUGUUAAUGACUUUAAUAUUGCAGAGCAGAGGCAAGAGAAACAGAACAUUACGGGGUGUGUGUGUGUGUGUGCGUGUGCGUGUGCGUGUGCGUGUGCGUGUGUGUGUGUGUGUGUGUGUGCGUGCGUGCGUGCGUGCGUGUGUGCGUGCGUGCGUGUGUGUGUGUGUGUGUGUGCAUGUGUUUGUGGGUGUGUGUGUGUGUGUCUGUGUGUGUAGCGCUGGCUGAUGACCCCCAGCUAACCGCUAAACGACCUUGAGGGGUUGCCCUACAACCUUCAACACACCCAGACCCUUCUCUUCUCGGCCUCACUACGCCCCCCCCGUCUCUACCCGGCCAUCACGUGCUUGACGAACUCGGUGUAGUUGAUGUGUCCGCUGGAGUCCUCCUGGCCCAGCAUCAGCCGGUCCACCUCGUCCUCGCUCAGCUUCUCCCCCAGCGUGGCCAGCACGUGCCUCAGCUCCGCGCCCAUCACCGUGCCGUUGCCCUCCUUGUCGAACACGCGUAGGCCCUCCACAAAGUCCUCAAAGGUGCCCUGCUCCUUGGUGCGCGAGAUGUGCUGCAGCAUGGGCAGGAAGGUGUCAAAGUCCAGCAGCUUGGCGUUCAUCUCCUCCGCCUUGGGCUUGCCCAGCAGCUUCAGCACCUCGGAGUUGGUGGGGUUGUGACCCAGCGCCCGCAUCACGUCGCCACACUGCGCGUAGCGGAUCUUCAUCUCGCCCGCCGGCGUCUCGUCGAACAGCGUGAAGGCGUCGCGGAACUCCUCGAUCUGGUCGGCGGAGAACUCCACCACCACGCUCUUCAGGUCCAGCUCGCUGGACGGCGCCGGCGGCGCCGGGGGGGCGGGCUCGGCCGGCUUGGCCGGGGUCUCUUCCUUCUUGGCCUCGGCCUUCUUGGGUUCCACCUUCUUGGGCUCAACUUUCUUGGGGGCCAUGGUGCUGGAGGGACUGGAGACAGAGUGGAAGAUAGUGAGA